AUGAAGGUGUUUCUGCCUCUUCUGUUGGCCGCCGCAAUUUGCGUAGAAUUCGCUCUCACCUUGCAGUGCUACACGUGCAGGACCGAGACCCCCGUGGAGAAGUGCCUGACCAUCGAGAACUGCUCGGAGAGUGAAAACAUGUGCAAGACCACCAUGUAUUCCCUGGAGGAUGUUUAUCCCUUCACUGGCGUCUCCACCGUCACCAAGAUGUGCUCGUCCGUCUGCGUCCCGUCGAACGUGGACGGGAUCGGGAUGACCCACCCCGUGUCCUGCUGCUACUCCGACCUGUGCAACGCGGAUGGCGCAGCCAGCCUGAGGGUCAGCCUCGUGCCAGUUGGGAUGCUGGCCACUUCCCUGUGUGCCUUCCUCUGGACUAGACCCUGAGGAGCUGAUGGGAAGGUCUUUCACUCCGAAGAACCCAGCAAAGAAGAGGAGAAACCCCCCCCCCCCAGCUCAGCUUUCCCUUCGGAUGCCUCAUAAACAACCUUCGACAGCUCCCAAAAAUCCAUCCUUUUUUUUUUUUUCUUUUAAUUAUUAUUAUUAUCCACUCCUUUCCCACGACUAACAGAGGAGCAAAACUCAG